AUGUCUCGCAUAAGAAUAGAAGGUCUUCUUGCAGCUUUCCCAAAGUUGAUAGGCACUGGAAAACAACAUACAUAUUUUGAGACAGAAAAUGUUCGCUAUGUUUACCAGCCUAUUGAAGCUUUGUACUUGCUACUUGUUACAAACAAACAGAGCAAUAUUCUGGAAGAUUUGGAGACACUGCGACUGCUCUCAAAGCUUGUGACGGGGUAUUCUAUGUCUCUAGAUGAAGAGGGUGUUUGCAGGACUGCUUUUGAGCUGAUUUUUGCUUUUGACGAGGUCAUCUCUCUUGGACACAAGGAAAAUGUAACUGUAGCUCAGGUUAAACAGUACUGUGAAAUGGAGAGUCACGAAGAGAAGCUGCACAAACUUGUAAUGCAGAGCAAGAUUAAUGAGAUGAAAGAUGUCAUGAAACGUAAAGCUAGUGAGAUUGACAAAAGCAAGAUUGAAAAUAAUAGGGGUGAUAAGGGAGGGUUUAUGUCAAUGGGCUCAGGAAGAAUAGAGAGCAGCUUUAGUGAGAUGAGCAUUUCAAAUACUGGAAGCGGUUUUGGGAGUGGUUCUAGUUUUGGAUUGAACACUGAGAUCGAUCCAUUUUCUAUCAAGUCUAAAGGUUCAGGUCGUCAACCUUCGGCUGCCAAUGCUCCUCCGAAAGGUCUUGGUAUGCAGUUAGGGAAAUCACAAAGGACUAACCAGUUCUUGGAGUCUUUGAAAGCAGAAGGGGAGGUUAUCCUUGAAGAUGUGCAGCCAAAAGCAAGCCAAUCUAGAUCAUCUGCCCCACCUUUAACUGAUCCCGUCACUUUGGUUGUUGAGGAGAAACUAAAUGUAACACUGAAACGAGAUGGUGGUGUCAGUAACUUUGAUGUUCAGGGAACACUGUUGCUGCAGAUUCUAAAUGCAGAAGAUGGGCAAAUCAAAGUUCAGGGAGCUUUGGAAGAAGAACUAUCCGCAGCAGAGAGCCAGCAAAAUCCUUAG